AUGAGUUCCAGUGUGAUGAGAAGCAAAGACGGGGUUCCGCAGUGGAAUGGCGAUGCUUCGCAGUUCCAGGAAUACGAGGACAUGUGUCUUCAAUGGGAGCAGUCCAUAGCACACCACAAGAGGUACCUGUGCGCACCACGUUUGAUAGCUGAACUGGGGGGGACGGCUAGAAAAUUUGUGGUUGGAAAGAAGCCGGAUUGGGUCUCCUACAACGGGGGCGUCGCCUACUUUUUAGGCCACCUUCGAAGGCACCUGGGACGACCACAAAUACCAGAACUCUCAGAGCACCUGAACAGGUACUUCAGACAAAGCAAGAGACAGAAGCAUGAGACCAUGAACACCUACAUAGUGAGAAAAACCGAGACCUAUGCCCGAGCUCGCCAGGCCUUAGCUCGUGUGCAAGAGGCUUUUGACCGACGUCAAGAUCGGCACGAUCAAUGGGGUCGAGGCGGGUGGCACCAGUCAUGGCAUUGGGGAACAUGGUCGUCACGACAUAGCUAUGAAGGCGGAGAGGAGUCUCUAGAAGAACCAAGUCAAGCAGCUAGUGAGCCAACGGAGGGCCAAGACCAGAACACCGAGGGACAGGAAGGAGGACGGGAGUCACGGGAUGGACGAAGUGGAAGUGAGUGGGGAUCGUCCUACACCAGGUCCUAUCAUCCCGAAGAUGAAGAUUGGACCCUUCAAACUCCUGAGCUCCUACCUGACUUCUUGCAAGGAUGGUAUCUCUUAGCUGACUCAGGUUUGACCAGCCAGGAAAAGAACAUGAUCCAGACCGCAGUGGCUGGACGAUUUGGUCCAGCGGGACAACAACCAGAAGCACAUGGCUUUUGGCACGACGAUGUCUUCAGCGAUGAUGAUGAGCCCAACCGCCUGACAGCACAUGCCUUGGUGAAUGAAGGCAUGAAUGAUGAGGGUUUGGCUUUGGUCACUCAAGCCGCCGAGGAGGCCGAGGAAGCCUUGGCUCUCAUUCAGCAGGGCAAGCGCACCUUGAAAGAAGCGCGAGCCAAACAACACCAGGUGCGGAUGAACCGCCAAUACUAUAAGACCAAGACCUAUGAGACCAAGACGACAGACAAGAAGCAGGGCAUGGCAUGCUUCCGAUGCGGAGGCCCUCACCGAGUUCGAGAUUGCCCAGACCGUCAGGCUCCUAGUGGUGCCUCAGCUCAGGUGACAGAAGAGGCAGCACCUUUUGUCUGCUUCACCCAGGGCACGACUGAGGCCUACCAGGCCAUGUCUUGUGAUGAAGCUCCAGCACCUCUCAUGACCACAGCGGAAGCUGUGACAGCAGGCUAUGGCAUCGUAGAUGGUGGGGCCACACGAACCAUUGGUUCCACAUAUGCACUCGAAGCCAUCGCUUCGGAGAACUUCAAGAAGCGCCAAGAUGGAGGUGUCCUGGAGGUGGAUUGUCAGAACACCCCGAAGUUUGGUUUUGGCAACAGCAGUGUGGACACUUGUGUCAGCACUGCCAAGAUGAAGAUCUAUGCGGACUCCAAGCCAGGUGUCCUUCAAGUACACGCUCUGGAUCGAGGGCAAGGACCAGUGCUGCUCUCAAUUUCCACACUUCGAGCACUGAAGGCAGUGAUUGAUUUCGAGUCUGAUUUGAUUGUUUUUAGAGCUCUCGAUGACAAGAAGGCCAUACAGGCCACACGAUCACAGGCUGGCCACCAGCUGCUGCCUCUGACGGAUGAUCUGUACAGAGUGGAAAGGAAGGUCAACAAUCAAGUUCAGGCUGAAGUAGUCGAGAUUCGCACCGUGAUCCUCUUUGUGAUCCACCGAUCAGCGACCAUGUCGAAAGCGCCCACCAAACUCGAGCUCAUCGAAGCCAUCGAGUCCCUGGGAGAGACACCUCCCUCCAGUUGGACGAUGGUGGAACUCAAAACACGCUUGGCCGAGCUCAAGGAGGAGAAUGGAUUGGACAACAAGACCCUUCGGGUCAAGACCGAGCUGCAGGAAUGGACAAUCAAGCUCAACAAGGCCGCCACCAAGAAGGCCUACCUCCAGGCAUUUUGCCAGGACUCUCUGGGCAUCAAGAUCUCUGGCUCCGAGACCAUCGACCAGUUGAAGCGGGCCGGGCUGGAAAAGAUCUACAUGAUUGCCAAGCCACAUCCCUCCGAUGGCGUGGGGUUUGGAGCCCACGCCAGUCUGACCUACGACGAGCUCCGUCUUGCUCAGCCGGAGUACUGCAAGUGGGUCAUGACCACGGCAGCGGAAGGUGGAUGCAAUUACCGCCUGAGUCGCCUUGCCCGAUGGUUGGAGAUGGAGGUCACUGCUGGCCCAAAGAAGCCAGUGCCAAAGAUUUGCCCACGAAAGGGCAAGUCCCAAUCCAAUCGCAGUCACAGUCCACCAGCAGCCAGCACAAUGUCAUCACAGGCCAUCGCCAUGAUGACCACUAUGAUGCACACCAUCGAGAGCCUGAAAGAGGAAGUAGAACACCUCAAGGAGGAGAAGCCCCACAAGAAGGCCACCGGUGGUGUGAUCACUCCUCGCGAGGCGAUCAAUCAGAAAACAGAAGCCCAGGUUCAAGCCUUGCAGGACAAACGCCGAGUCGCGUUAAAACAGUACAUAGGCCUUAAGGUCUUGAUGGAAAAACUGGUGAUCUUAGACCCAACAAUGACUGCGGAAGAAGCCUUAGCUGAGUCGGUGAGGGUUUUCAACAACCGAGAGUUGGUGAGAGGAUACUCACCCAUACAACACGCCUUAGGGCGAGCUCCUGAUGAGACAGGUCGUUUCAUCCACAGUCUGUGCAAUCCACUCCCUGAAGUCUUACUGGAAAACCCAAAUGGGGAGUUCAAGCGGAAUGUUGACAGAAUGAAGCAUGCUGAGCAGGCUCUUUCAGAAUGGCAAGCACAGCAAAAGGUGACGAAGGCCCUGAACUCGAGAGGCCAACGUCUCAUGGACUAUAGACCUGGUGAUUUGAUUUACUACUGGAGGAAACAAAUCAAAGGUGAACCAGCCAACAAGAAUGGAAAAUUCUUGGGUCCAGCCCACAUCUUGGCAACUGAGUCAAAGCGGGAUCCCAAUGGAGCUCUACGGAAGGGUAGCGCUGUUUGGUGCGUGAGAGGUCGCCGAGUCAUCAAGUGCUGCGUGGAGCAAUUGAGGCCUGCGUCAAAACGAGAAGAAUUACUAGAACAUUUAGGAGAAGGUGAACCUGAAGCACCAUGGACUUUUCCAAGAAUCACUCAAGAGCUGGGCGGCAAUGAAUAUGAGGAUGUCUCCAUGGAUGUUCCAGAACAAGAGGAUUGGGAAGCAGCUCAAGAUCCGAUGAUUGUUGAGCCAGGCCCUCGGAGACACAGCACCAAAAGACCACCUACACCAAGACAAUCUACAACCAACAUUCAACCUACACCAUCAAAAUCAUCACGUUCCAGCGGAUCAGCCACUGCACAUGUUACUGAGACACAACAAACUGCUUGGUGGAAUUUCUUGGAAGAGCCGCUUCCGGAGAACACAGAGGGUUCCGACUUUUGGGAGCAACAACAUGCGGCAGUCACCAUUGAGGUGCCCUUGCCGGAGUCACACCGAGGCCUACUGAAGGCCGUUUCUGAUUUUGAGACUUUCUUUGUGGGCGCCCUCAAGCGCCGAGCAGUAGAAGUACACGAGAAACAUUUGACACCAUCUGAACGGCAACAGUUUCAAGAGGCCAAAGAGGCAGAGGUACGAAACUUUGUGGCAGCAAAGGCAUUCGAGGCUCUACCGCCUGAACUGAAACCUGAUCGAUCGCAAGCCAUCGGCAUGCGAUGGCUUCUUACUUGGAAGUUGAAAGAGGAUGGAGAGCGUAAAGCAAAAGCAAGAGCGAUACUUCAGGGAUAUCAAGACCCUUCUUACGAACAUAGAGCCACCACUACUCCUGUGAUGACAAGGAUGACACGUCAGCUCCUACUGCAUGAAGCUGCGAGAAAAAGAUGGAGGGUGCGCAAAGGUGAUGUUACAGGUGCCUUUUUACAGGGUCGAGAAUAUCCACAAACUCUUUACUGCACACCAUGUCCUGAGAUCUGCCAAGCCAUGGGCUUGAAACCUGGAGAAAUCACAAAGAUCAAACGUGGAUGCUAUGGCCUAGUAGACGCUCCUUUAGAGUGGUACAAGUCAGUGUGCGAGUAUCUGGAGGAACUAGGACUUCAAAAGUCCUGGUCCGACCCAUGUUGCUGGCUAUGGAAGCCAAAUGGCUCCAUCGCGGGCAUGAUAGCCGGCCAUGUAGAUGAUUUUCUUUUUGCUGGGCCUGCAGACAACCCAGAAUGGCAAGAAAUUGAAAAGAAGAUUCAACACAAGUACAGGUGGACAGAUUGGGAAGAGAAUUCCUUUGUGCAGUGCGGGGUUCUCAUUGAAGCCCAAAAAGAUGGCUCUUUCUUUCUUUCUCAACCAAAGUAUUUAGAUAAGGUCAGUGGAAUCAGUUUAAGUGCGGCCAGGCGAAAGGACGCCAACGCACCCACCAGCGAAAAAGAGAAGAGCUUGCUGAGAGCAGUGUUGGGGGCACUGAGCUGGCACGCUCAGCAGGGUGCUGAACGACGGACCGACAUAGAGCUUUUAGCACUCAAAGCGGCUCAAACGCGAAACAAUGUAGUAGUGCGAUGGGUGCACUCCGAAGCGCAGUUGGGAAACGCUUUGACGAAAGCUGGGGCUAAGGAGUUGGAUUUGUUCUACACCAUGAAGGGCAUGUGGCGCAUCGUUGAGGACGAUGGCAUGAGGUCAGCUCGCAAACGCAGAAGCACAAACACCCCUCUUUUUGAGAAUAAUACCCAGGGAACUCCGGUGACACCGGAUGAUGGCGAAAGCCAAUUCCCAACUCUGCAGGUUGAGGUGGAUGUACUCCUGGGGCAUGGCCCGUAA